AUGCUUGAAGAACCGGUCCAGAAGCUCAUGGAAGAGAUGAGUCCUCCACCAAGCUGUCUGAUUUCUGACAUGUGUUUGCCUUACACACCAAACUCGCCAAGAAGUUCAAUAUACCAAAGAUCUCUUCCAUGGCUUUUGUUGCUUUUGUCUUCUGUAGUUGAAUUCACAAGACCUCAAGUUCCAGUCGAAACAUAUUCUCCUGAAGAGUGGACAGAGUUCAUGGAGGAUUUGAAAGAAGCGGACAAGACAUCCUAUGGUGUGAUAGUCAACACAUUUCAAGAACUCGAGCCUGCUUAUGUCAAGCUACAAGGAGCAAGGUCCGGUAAGGCAUGGUCCAUUGGACCCGUUUCCCUUUGCAAUAAGGUGGGAGCAGAUAAAGCUGAGAGGGGAAACAAAUCAGACAUUGAUCAAAGCGAGUGCAUCAAAUGGCUUGAUUCUAAAGAGGAAGAGUCCGUGCUCUAUGUUUGCCUUGGAAGUAUUUGCAAUCUUCCUCUGGCUCAGCUCAAGGAGCUCGGGCUAGGCCUAGAGGAAUCCAAAAGACCUUUUAUUUGGGUCAUUAGAGGUUGGGAGAAGUAUAAAGAGUUAGGUGAGUGGAUCUCGGAGAGCGGUUUUGAAGAAAGAAUCAAAGACAGAGGACUUAUCAUCAAAGGAUGGUCUCCUCAAAUGAUUAUCCUUUCACAUCCUUCUGUUGGAGGGUUCUUAACGCAUUGCGGAUGGAACUCAACUCUAGAGGGGAUAACCUCUGGUCUACCGCUGCUUACAUGGCCGUUAUUUGCAGACCAAUUCUGCAACGAGAAAUUGGUCGUGCAGGUACUAAAAGCUGGGGUGAAAGCCGGGGUUGAAGAGGUCAUGAAAUUUGGUGAAGAGGAGAAGAUUGGAGUGUUAGUGGAUAAAGAAGGUGUGAAGAAGGCAGUAGAAGAGUUGAUGGGUGAGAGUGAGGAUGCAACAGAGAGAAGAAGAAGAGCCAAAGAGCUUGGAGAAUUAGCUCACAAGGCUGUGGAGGAAGGAGGCUCUUCUCAUUCUAACAUCACAUUGCUCUUAGAAGACAUAAUGCAACUAGCACAAUCCAAGACUUGA